UCUCCUCCUCCCACUCCUGCAUGCCUCAACGAACCAUCUCCAAGAAAACACCUCACCCCAAUCCAACCCCAAACCAAUCCUCUCCACAAACCAAUCUAAUACAAUUCCCCCACUGAUUUUCUCAUCGAGAUUCGAUCAGAGCAGUUGGCGAUGAAGCUUGACAGGGAGAUGGAGAUGCUCCUCAACGAGAUCCCUCUCCUCCUCCACGGCGACGUCCUCGGCUGCGGCGAGCCAGCCGCCGCGGAGACCGACACCGACGCCGUCGACUUCUCUUACCUCAUCCAAGAACUCGGCGAGAUGGGGUUCGUCGAGGACGACGACAACGGUUUCCUUUACCCCAGGAAGGCCAGCUCAUCCCCGACGAGCAACCUCCAUUUCAUGGACGCCGAGAAUUUCGUGGCGUCGCGUCCCUUCUCCAUGGACAAAGACCGCGAGAGGGCUCUGUUCGAUCCGUUCCCCUUCUCCAGCACCUGCUUCGACGCCGCCGUUGGCGACGACUGGGACCUCCUGUGUCCGCCGGCGAGGUCCCGGCUGUGCAUGACGGCGAGGCCGAAGAAGGGUACCUGCAGCAACGGCUGCCAGGCGACGAGCCCCAAGAAGUGCGCGGCGGCGAAGUCGUCCAAGUACGAGAGCCUUGUCGGGCUGCGCGGGUACAUGUACCACGUGGCCAGGGACCAGCACGGAUGCCGGUUUCUCCAGCAGCGGCUCGACGACGGCAAGCGGGAGGUCGAUUUCAUCUUCACCGGCGUCGCCCGUCACGCCGUCGACCUCAUGGUGAACCCAUUCGGGAACUACCUCAUGCAGAAGCUGCUAGCCGUCUGCAGCGAGGAGCAGAGGAUGGGCAUCGUUCUCACCCUCACAAAGGACCCCUUCGUGCUCGUCAGGAUCUCUCUCAAUGUACAUGGGACAAGGGCAGUACAAAAACUGAUUGAAAGCUUGAGGGCAAGGGAGGAGAUCCAGCUUGUCGUCGCAGCUCUGCGCCCCGGGUUCCUGGAGCUCAUAAAGGAUCCUAAUGGUAACCAUGUCGUGCAGAAGUGCUUGCAAUCGUUCGGGGCCGAUGAUAACAAGCCCAUCUUCGAUGCUGCUGCUGUUUAUUGCCUUGAUAUCGGGAUGCAAUGCCAUGGCUGCUGCGUCCUGCAGCGGUGUAUUGCGCGUUCGACGCGUGAGCACAAGGAGAAGCUGGUUGCCGCAAUCGCUCGCAAUGGGUUCGAACUUGCACAAGAUGCCUAUGGAAACUAUGUUGUUCAGUAUGUGAUAGAACUAAAGGUCGCUACUGCAAAUGCAAGUCUGGCACAGCAGUUUGAAGGCAAGUACAUCCACCUCUCCAUGCAAAAGUUCAGCAGCAACGUCGUCGAGAAAUGCCUGAAAGUUUUCAAGGAAGCCGACAAAGCCAACAUCAUCCUGGAGCUCCUUUCUGCGCCGCAGUUCGAGCGGUUGCUUCUGCACCCUUACGCAAACUAUGUGGUCUACGCAGCACUUCAGAAUUCCAAGGGGUCUCUCCACUCAGCACUGACCAACGCCAUCCGGCCUCAUGUGGAACUACUCAGAACCAGCCCAUACUGCAAGAGGAUCUACUCUCGAGCUUUGCUGAAGAAGUGAUGGCCUGAUGAGACCAUCUCACCAUGUGUAACAAUAAAGAGUGUUUGUCCUGUGCUAUUUUUUCGGAUUCAAAAGGGAUAAAAGUGAUUUCGCCAUGUAGAUUUUGUAUAGAUCAAAAUUAUUUGGUCGUGUACUUCUAAGUGCACCUUUAUUGGGUGCACUCUUCCGUUGCCAUAAUCCAUCUGGAAUGGUAAGUUCCGGUUGAACAAAUCAUCAUAUAGAUGUUGAUGCACGUACAUAAGAUUGGUGAUGCUUCUUGUAA